AUGGCGAACAAUCCGCAGCUAAUUUUUGUGAACGAUAUCAAACCACGCAAGACUGCAUGUCGCAUUCAAGUGAAGAUCAUUCAUACAUGGAGACAUUUCAUGAAAGACGUUGGAGAAUCUUUGGAACUAAUCCUAUGUGAUGCAAAUGGAACAAAAAUCCAUGCUUCAUGUAGCAAGACUUACAUUUCUAAAGUUGGCAAACAUGUCCGUGUUGGAGUAUGGAGAAACAUUGAUCGUUUCAGUGUUAGUGGUGCUGGUGGAGCGUACAGAUCAACUGAUCAUAAGUAUCGAUUAGCUUUUAAUGGCAACACUAAAAUCACGGAAUCUACAUACCGAGAUGACAGUAUGUUCCUUAAUCUGGUUGAUUUCAAAUCCAUAGAAAGUGGUCUUCUUAAUCCCAAUUUUCUUAUUGAUGUUAUUGGACAAGUUCAAGACUUGGGUGAUCUCGAAACCAUAGGGUGUAAUGGUGGAAAACAAAGACAGAAGUUGGAGUUUACACUCGUGGACAUUUGUGGGCAAAGAUUAGCUUGCUGCCUGUGGGGUAAAUUUGCAGAGAAUCUUCACACAGCUAGCCAAGAAACCGAAGGCAUGGUAAUAUGUCUCCUACGAUUUGCUAAGAUUGGGCAAUAUAGAGGUGAAUUUCAAAUCUCAAAUUCUUAUGACGCAAGUCAGAUGUUUGUUAAUCCUGAGAUACCAGAAGCAGAUGAGUUUAAACAAAGAGCUAUUGGGGAUUCUCAAGCUUUAACCCUAGCUGAAUCAUCAGAGAACAAGCUUGAGUUGCAGAUGAAGCGAGAUAAAUGGAUGCAUUAUCCUCAAAGGAAUCUCCGAGAGCUAUUUGAGGAAACUGAGCUUGAAGAUGAUGAUCCAUUCCCCGAGGAAAUUACAAAUUUGGUUGGCCAGACAUUUAUGUUUGGAGUUUACAUUCAGAAAGACAAUGCUUCAAGGGGAUGCUAUAAAGUUGGAAAGGUAUGGAAAGACCUACGUAUGCUAAUGACCUCUGAAAUAUCAGAGAGCUAUUCUGCUCCAGCCCAAGCAAGCGAGGAGCCACUGUUGAUUGAAAAUCAAAUUGAUGAUAUUGUUUCUACUCCUUCUUCCAAGCGAAAAGAAGUCAAUAAGGAAGCAUCUGAACUUCAUUCUACCUCUAAAAAGUAG